GUUCAUUUUUUUCCAAUCGAAUCUAAAAAUAGGUAAACACGUGUUCAUCAGCAGUGAAAAAAGUAGCCUGCCGGAGUCAUACAGCACGUGGGGUUUGAAGCGAUAAAGACCGAAUCUACACUAUCAUGGCAGAAACAGAGGUAAAGUUGGGGCCAGUGAUUAUCGAGGGCAAGACAAAAGUUGUGUACCAGGUAGCAGACGAUCCAGAACUUGUCUUGUUGAAAUCAAAGGACCGCAUUACCGCAGGAGAUGGGGACCGCUCACACGAACUGAAAGGGAAGGCAGCAAUCUCAACGGAUACCACAACAGCCAUUUUCCAGUUACUCAACAGUGCAGGGAUAAAAACCCACUUUGUGAGGCGAUGUGAUGAUACAUCUUUCAUUGGCUACAAGUGUGACAUGAUUCCCAUUGAGUGGGUCACAAGGAGGGUUGCCACGGGGUCAUUUUUGAAGAGGAACCCAGGGGUUAAGGAAGGCUACAGGUUCUGUCCCCCCAAGCAGGAGACAUUCUUCAAGGAUGAUGCGAACCAUGAUCCCCAGUGGUCCUAUGAGCAGUGCCUGGCCGCUAACAUAACUGUAGGGGGAGUUCUGAUUGGACGAGAUGAACUGGACAUCAUGAGCAGAACAACAGUCACAGUGUUUGAAAUCCUGGAGAGAAGCUGGGCCUCCCUUGACUGUAGCCUCAUUGACAUGAAGAUCGAGUUUGGAGUCAAGCCCAGCACAGGAGAGAUUGUGUUGGCUGAUGUGAUAGACAGCGACUCCUGGAGACUGUGGCCAUCAGGGGACAAGCGACUCAUGAAGGACAAGCAGGUGUACCGGGAGCUAAGGGAGGUAACUCAGGAAGCACUGGACACAGUCAAAAGGAACUUUGAAUGGGUGGCAGAAAGGGUCAAGCUGCUUAUCCCUAAGCCAAAUGCUCGAGCUGUGGUAUUCAUGGGGUCUGCUUCAGACAUGCCUCAUUGUGAAAAAAUCCGAACAAGCUGUCAACAACUGGGUGUGCCUUGUGAGCUACGGGUGUCGUCUGCUCAUAAAGGGACUGAGGAAACCAUGAAAAUAUUAGCAGAGUAUGAAGGUGAGGGAAUACCCACUGUGUUUAUAGCAGUAGCUGGCAGAAGCAAUGGCCUGGGCCCAGUUCUCUCAGGAAAUGCCACCUGGCCCGUUAUCAACUGUCCACCUCUGUCCGGAGACUGGGGGUCACAUGACAUCUGGUCAUCUAUGAGACUGCCUUCAGGUCUGGGCUGUGCCACAGUCAUGUUUCCAGAGGCUGCAGCAUUGUGUGCCGCCCAGAUCCUGGCCCUCAAUGACCACGUUAUCUGGAGCAACGUCCGGGCCAAACAACUCAACACUUGGAUAGGCCUGAAAGAAGCUGACAAGAAAUCAAGAAAUGACAAGUGAUUGUUCAUUGGAAAUUUGAUUUUCAUCAUCUUUGUGUUACAUUUGUUUUGUUUCAACCUGUUGUUGAACUACAUUUAUGACAUAGGAGUCAUUGCAUCUGAAUCGUGGUUUUACUGUAAAACACAUCAUUAAUCAUACAGUUACAUCUGAAUACUCAUACUUAUUGGUAACGACAAUGUAUUAAAUAUUUUGAGAGUGAU